AUGUCGAGCGGCUCGUCUCAAGACAUACGUGGAGAAGCAAUACAUGGCACGCCGCGGUCUGGUCCUGGAUCAUCCUUGGUAAAGACACCAGCACAUUUGAAUAGCUCGGGUCUCCGAAUUGAGUAUGCCGAAGGAAAAGGGCGAGGCGUAUACGCCUGCAGGGAGAUAUCUGCGCAGACCCUAAUCGAGAUCAGCCCAGUCUUGCUCUUCAGUGCGGCUGAAUACGAAGAGCAUGGAAGGCAUACUGUCCUCGACCAUUACACCUUCGUCUGGCGGGACGGGCACAUGGCACUCGCUCUCGGAUUAGGAUCAUUAUUCAAUCACUCCCAAAACCCAAAUGUUUCGUACACCAUCGACCCUUCAACAGAAUCCAUCAAUUAUGUCACAUCUCGGAGAGUAAUACCGGAUGAAGAGCUGUGUAUCUUUUAUGGACACAAGCUGUGGUUUGAUCCAGUUGGUACUACGGAUACAAUGCCUGCCGAUGCCAUAGAGGAGCGCGACGACGGGUGGGGAGGUCUCUCGGGCGUGGCCGACGAUGAAGACGAUGAGGUGGCCCGUGGUGCAAAUGAACCGUUCGACAGCUUCGCAGAUGGGGAUCCAUCCCAGCUCGUACCAGAGGAAGCGUUGCCGUUCAAGCGUUUGAAGCUUACGCCGGACGAGGAGGAAGAAGGCAUGGAUUCAGUGCGUACAGAGGAGGCCUGGGUAGUCGAUCUCCCGGACCCUCGAUUGGCGGCCACGAUGCUUAAAUGGCUCAAACAAAGUGGACUUGACACGCUGUCCAUGGCACAUCUCAAACGGAUACGCAAAGUCGACGAUAAGAUGAGCAUGGUUCUCAUUCUGACCCGUGAACAUCCCCAACCACCCGCAUUCCCUGAAAAUAUCGUGCUGCCGCCACCUUACGUCCUGACCGUCCCGAAAACCGCUGCCCUGACGAUGACUUCGCUGAAGCUGAAAUCAUCACUAUGGCCGACAAUAUAUGCGCCUCGCAAGAGAUUCGAGCCUGAGCCGUGGUCGAGAGGCAAGGUUCGCUGGGCUUGCGAAGCCAUCAAGCAAGUCAUCAAACAAGCGCGAGAGGCGGGCGACAAGGGCGAGAUACCUAUAGCGGCAUACGUACCUGUUCCCUACGACGAAGAAACACGUAUAGCAACACACAUGUAUGAGCCCAUCAGUGCGCACGAUACCCGCACGUCUCUCUGCCAUCCCCUCCGCCACUCCAUCAUAAACCUCGUCCGCGACGUCGGUGAGCUCCGUGCAUCAACCUUGCACCCGUCUUCAACCCCCACUCUCCCCUCAACCCCUGCUUUCGAUACCACCUCUCCCCCGCAUCAGCUCACAACCGCAGAGAAUCGAUCAGUCAAUGGCGCGCACUACCUCCUGACAUCCCUCACGCUCUUCACGACGCACGAGCCGUGCAUAAUGUGCAGCAUGGCGCUCCUGCAUUCGCGCGUCAAGGAGGUUGUCUACAUGAUCCCGAUGGAGAAGACCGGCGGGUGCGGGAGCUUGACUUGUGUGCCACGAUUGGAAGGUGUUAAUCAUCGAUAUGUGGUCAACGUCUGGAAGGAUAUGGGAAAAGAGUGGGUAGAGCAGAACGGGUUAGAGGUGAAUGACGCAUGCGAUGCGUAA